AUGCUUUAUUCUUUGUCUGUCUUUCUGGCAUUUGCCUUGAUGUUAGUUCCCUCAACAUGGGGCCGUAUCAUCACUUACAUGCCCUCUGCAGGAGCUGGGGUAUCAUAUGGAUUUAACGUACCUGAGAAUACAGCAUCCAAUAUCAACGGUACUAUCUAUCUUCGAUUGAGCGCUCCGUCUCAUACAAAAUGGAUAGCACUCGGCCAGGGCGAGCGAAUGGCAGGGGGGAGCAUCUUUCUCAUCUACGCUUCGCCUGAUGGCAGCGUUACACUCUCCCCACGCAAGGCAUUUGGCCAUCUUGACGUCUUCCAUGACCCCAAUAUACAGGCUCACCUUCUUGGGGGUUCUGGAGUCCAUGACGGUGUAAUGACAGCAAAUAUCCGUUGUGAUAACUGUAUGCACCUAGAUAAUGGGGAUAGCAUAAUGGGAAGCUCUAGCUCUUGGGGUUGGGCUAUGUGCCAUGGAUAUCCAUUGGUGUCCUCGGAUGUUGCUUUGAGGAUCCAUAAGCACGAUGUUCACGGUAGCUUCACCCUGAACUUGAGCGCAGCCAUUGGCGGCAAUUCAUCGAAUCCAUUUCUCGACUUGACAUACCCGCAUCACGAUGUCACCCCUUUCUCGAAACAGCAUGUGAUUGAUGAUGGUUUGCUUUACAGGAAACGUGUUGCACAUGGCGUGAUGACGCCAAUCGCCUUUGUGUUGAUGUUCCCUGGCUUUGGGCUUCUCUUGCACAUAUACCCAUCUCGUCACACUGUUCUGUGGAUGCAUGCUCCCAUGCAACUUAUUGCAGCGUGUGUAGCAUUGAUUGGACUUGGAUUUGGAGUCUCCGUAUCUAUGGAUCUUAAACUGUCCAAAGGCUACCACCCCACUAUAGGUUAUGUUUUGGUCGGCGUUGUCGUUAUUAUCCAACCAGUCUUAGGAGCUGUACAGCAUCUGCAUUAUCGAAGAUCAGGAGGAGCCACCAUCUACGGUGUCUUACACCGCUGGUUUGGGCGCCUAUUAUCAGCCAUUGGCAUCGUUAAUGGUGGACUAGGGUUUUACUACGCGUAUCAGCAUACGGAGGAUAUCCCACCAAUUCCACCGAUAAUAUACGGCAUGGUCUGCGGAGGCGUAUGCAUCUUGUAUGUUUUUGUGGUCAUGUGGCGUAGGGAGAAGACGAGAUCGCAAGCUGCUAUCACUGAGUUUCAGACUGGGUUCUUCCAGAAAAGGAGCGGUUUGGAGCAAGACAGUGACAAGUUUGACAGUGCGCGAUCAAAAUUUGUUGAACCUAGCAGUAUCUCUAAGAAGUGUUGA